AGUCCCAAGGCCUCCCAAUUCCGGCACACAUGUGGAGGUGCAAUUCGAACGCAAUUCUUAAAAAUGCAAACUUUACGUGAAUUUACGCGUAAAACCAAGCGCGGCAACAUCCUGAAGAUUGUGCGAGAGCACUACCUGCGCGACGACAUCGGCUGUGGCUCCGAUCUCUGCCAGCAGUGCUUCCAGAACGAGGUCUACCAGCUCACUUCGCAGCACGAGAUUCAGAGCAGUCUCUUCAAGUUCCCGCACUACCUUGUUUUGGACACCAAUGUUGUUCUGGAUCAGAUUGACGUUCUCGAGGAGGAUGUAAUCCGUAACGUAAUCGUUUUGACCACCGUGCUGAACGAGGUGAAACAUAAAAGUUCCUCAAUUUACAAGCGGUUCAAUGAGCUUAUCCACGAUCGCACCAGGAACUUCUAUGUGUUUGUCAACGAGCACCACAAGGACACAUAUGCGGAUCGCGAACCUGAUGAGACCGCCAACGAUCGCAAUGAUCGGGCCAUCCGUAUGGCCACCAAGUGGUAUGAUGAUCACCUUCAGGCUUCACAAUCCUCAAAAGAGUUUGAUCGAAGUGGUAGAACUGCUACGCGAGUUAUUCUGCUCACCGAUGAUGCUGGGAACCGCGCCAAGGCCGAAGCCGCGGAGAUUCUAGUGACCUCCGCCGGCGAGUAUGUCAAAUCUCUCGAAGAUUUCCCUUUUCUUGUGGACAAACUGUCGCACAAAACGUUUGAGAAUGAAAAGAAGGGUUUGCCCCAGUAUCCGGCUCAUCUUAGCAUGAGAGAAUUGCUUGAGGGACUGCGCCAGAAAAAGCUUCUGCAGGGUGCUUUUCAGGCUUCCCGGGAAAACUAUCUAGAGGGCACCGUUAAUGUAGAGAAUUUCGAGAAGGGCAUCCUGAUCCAAGGUCGUGAAUCUCUAAACCGAGCUGUAGAUGGUGACUUGGUGGCCGUAGAGCUACUCCCCGAGAAAGAGUGGUCUGCUCCAAGUGAAAUCGUUCUGGAGGAGAAAAACGUCUAUGCAGAUGAAGUGCCCAGCGAGGAACGAGCGGAGGAUGAGAAGGACAUGUUGAGACAGGUGCGGGCUGCUGCCUCAUCUGCUGAGCGUACCCCCACCGGGCGAAUUGUGGGCAUUGUGCGUCGCAAAUGGCGGCAGUAUUGUGGAAUCCUUCAGCCUAGUCUGAUAGAAGACACCAAUCGCCACAUCUUUGUGCCUGCCGACCGGAAGAUUCCUCGAAUCCGUAUUGAAACAAGACAAGCGGCCAAGCUGCUAAACCAGCGAAUCAUUGUGACCAUCGACACAUGGCCGCGGAACUCGCGCUACCCGCAUGGACACUUUGUGCGCUCCUUGGGACCACUUGGAGACAUGGCCACUGAGAACGAGGUUAUUUUACUAGAGCACGACGUGCCGCACUGCAAGUUCUCAGAUGAGGUGCUCAGCUUCCUGCCGCAGAUGCCCUGGACAAUUACCGAGGAGGAUUACGCGAAGCGUGUGGAUCUAAGGGAUCUGUACAUCUGUUCAGUGGAUCCACCGGGCUGCACGGAUAUUGAUGACGCCUUGCACUGCAGAGAAUUGCCAAAUGGCAACCUAGAAGUGGGCGUCCACAUCGCAGAUGUUAGUCACUUUAUCCGGCCAGGAAACGCAUUAGACAAAGAGGCAGCCGCCAGGGGAACAACUGUUUACCUGGUAGGUAAACGUAUCGACAUGGUUCCUGAACUGCUCAGCUCGAAUCUGUGUUCGCUGGUUGGCGGUGUCGAACGUUUUGCCUUCUCUUGUGUGUGGGAGGUGGACCAAGAGGCGAAUGUGUUAAGCAAACGCUUCCACAAAAGCGUCAUCAAGUCGAAGAAAGCUAUGACUUACGAGGAGGCUCAGGUUAUUAUAGACGAUUCAACGCAGCAGAAUGAACUAGCAAAAUCCUUAAGAAAUCUUAAUCGCCUGGCCAAGAUAUUGAAAAAACGACGCAUGGACAAUGGUGCCCUAGUUCUCGCCUCGCCGGAGAUCCGCUUUCAGGUGGAUAGCGAAACACACGAACCACUCGAGGUUGAGGUCAAGCAGAUGCGCGAGACCAACUCAAUGGUGGAGGAGUUCAUGUUGUUGGCUAACAUCACAGUGGCCGAACACAUCGCCACGGAGUUCACCGAAUGUGCUGUUCUGCGUCGCCAUCCUCGGCCGCCGCCCACCAACUUCGAUCCUUUGGUCAAGGCCGCCCGUUACCAAGGUUUCCAGGUGGGCAUCGAGUCGGGACUUGAGCUUUCGCAUUCGCUGGACAAGUGCGUUAAGGCAGAUAAUCCAUACUUUAACACAAUGAUUCGGAUCCUUACCACACGUUGCAUGAUGCAAGCUGUGUAUUUUAUCAGCGGUAGUCUGCAAAAAGAGGAGUUUUUCCACUACGGUCUGGCUGCUCCAAUCUACACUCAUUUCACCUCGCCCAUUCGUCGUUACUCCGACAUCAUGGUUCAUCGCCUGCUGGCCGCCUCCAUUGGCGCAGAUAGCACAUAUGCCCAAUUGUUGGAGCGGAAAUCGAACGAAGAGUUGUGUCAUAACCUUAACUACCGCCACAAAAUGGCUCAGUAUGCGGGUCGUGCAUCCGUGGCUCUCAACACGCAUCUUUUCUUCCGCGGCAAGGAGGAGGAUGAGAAAGGAUAUGUGUUAUUUGUGCGCAAGAACGCUCUGCAAAUUCUUAUUCCCAAAUACGGUCUGGAAGGCACCCUGUAUCUAAAGUCGGAUAAGGAUGGCAAGGAAGGCCUGGAGCGUAUCAAGAGUGAUCUUGUUUUCACAUUCAACGAAGAGGAUUAUACUCAGCGUUGCGGUGACGUUGUAUUUCACUCCUUUGACCCGGUCACUGUUCGACUUAGCCUGGAUUCCAGCAACGUACAGCACGAGAAGCUGGUCUUCCGACUGGUUAAGCCGUACAUAAAGGGUUUCAGUGUGGAAACUUCCACCGACGAUGGCCAGGCGGUGGCUACGCCACCUCCCUCUAAGAAGACCAAGAAGGAUAAGAAAAAGAAGUAGUCCUUUGGAUUAAUUACUAAUUUGAAUUAGACUAAGCUGAACUAAUGUGUAACUACAAUCAUUUUGUACAAAUGAAAUAUUUUUUAAAAUUC